GGCUACAGCAACACACCGGGAGCAUCCCUGAACGGAGGGAGCACUCGUUUUGGUUUCACAAUCUUGAAGAAUCACUGUAUUAUAUUUUGUCACGUUUCAUAACAGACUGUGUGUUAAGCCACAGAAUGAUCCCGGGCCCUGCCGAGCCUUGUGGACACUAAGGCCCGCACAAAUCCACCUUGCACCGGCAAAAGGACCCUCCAGCAGCGGCCAGCCUGAGACAGAAUGACAAGUAGCCCUGAAGGAAGUCUCUCCAGGGGAGGCAGCUCCGACCGUGACUUGAAAAUGGCCUCUUCGAGCAACACGUCCCCCGAGGGUGGACCUCCACCACCGUUGCACCAGAACCGUAUACGGCAGUCUGACAGUAACACCAGUUUCCUGCGGGCUGCCAGAGCGGGGAACAUUGACAAAGUCCUGGACUUCCUGAAAAAUGGAGUAGACAUUAGCACCUGUAACCAGAAUGGUCUGAACGCACUACAUCUGGCCGCGAAGGAGGGACACAAGGAUUUAGUGGAGGAGCUGUUGGAGAGAGGAGCACCUGUUGACUCUCCCACCAAGAAAGGAAACACUGCCCUCCAUAUUGCCGCAUUGGCCGGACAAAAAGAAGUAGUCAGACUACUGGUGAAGAGAGGAGGAGAUGUCAACUCUCAGUCACAGAAUGGCUUCACUCCACUCUACAUGGCAGCCCAGGAGAAUCACUUGGAGGUGGUGCGAUACAUGUUGGAGAAUGAAGGCAACCAAAGCAUCGCAACAGAGGAUGGCUUCACUCCACUGGCCAUCGCUCUCCAGCAGGGCCACAACUCUGUGGUCUCCCUGCUGUUGGAGCACGACACCAAGGGCAAGGUCCGCCUCCCGGCCCUGCACAUCGCAGCCCGCAAAGACGACACAAAGUCUGCCGCACUGCUGCUCCAGAACGACCACAACGCUGACGUCCAGUCUAAGAUGAUGGUCAAUAGAACCACGGAGAAUGGGAAGAGCGGGUUUACCCCUCUGCACAUCGCGGCUCACUAUGGUAACGUGAAUGUCUCCACGCUGUUGCUGAACAGAGGAGCUGCUGUGGACUUCCCAGCCAGGAAUGGGAUAACGCCUCUCCAUGUGGCCUCCAAGAGAGGAAACACCAACAUGGUGGCCCUGCUGUUGGACCGAGGGGGUCAGAUAGAUGCUAAAACCAGGGAUGGGCUGACCCCUCUGCACUGUGCAGCCAGGAGUGGACAUGACCCAGCAGUGGAAAUUCUGCUGGAGAGAGGGGCUCCCAUCUUAGCCAGAACCAAGAACGGACUGUCCCCACUGCACAUGUCAGCCCAGGGAGACCACGUAGAGUGUGUGAAACACCUGCUGCAGCACAAGGCGCCUGUUGAUGAUGUCACACUGGACUACCUCACAGCGCUACACGUUGCAGCUCACUGCGGCCACUACAGAGUCACCAAGCUUCUGCUGGACAAGAAAGCCAAUCCCAAUAUUCGAGCACUGAAUGGUUUCACUCCUCUCCAUAUCGCUUGUAAGAAGAACAGGGUGAAGGUGAUGGAACUGUUGGUCAAAUAUGGAGCCUCCAUUCAGGCCAUUACUGAGUCUGGUCUGACUCCCAUCCAUGUAGCUGCCUUCAUGGGCCACCUCAACAUCGUUUUACUUCUGCUACAGAAUGGAGCAUCUCCUGACGUCCGUAACAUUCGUGGCGAGACGGCUCUCCACAUGGCAGCACGAGCAGGUCAGAUGGAAGUGGUUCGCUGUUUGCUGAGGAAUGGAGCGUUGGUGGAUGCCAUAGCCAGGGAGAACCAGACUCCCCUUCACAUAUCGUCCCGUUUGGGGAAAACAGAUAUUGUCCAGUUGCUGCUGCAACACAUGGCUCAUCCAGAUGCUGCCACCACCAACGGGUACACUCCCCUCCACAUUUCAGCCAGGGAGGGCCAGGUAGAGACCGCUGCCGUGCUGCUGGAGGCCGGAGCCUCACACUCAAUGGCCACGAAGAAAGGAUUCACUCCGUUACAUGUAGCUGCUAAGUACGGGAGCCUUGAUGUAGCAAAACUUCUCCUCCAACGCAAAGCUCUCCCUGAUGAUGCUGGCAAGAAUGGCCUGACUCCUCUACAUGUGGCAGCUCAUUAUGACAACCAAGAAGUAGCUCUGCUGCUGCUGGAUAAAGGAGCAUCGCCUCAUACUACUGCAAAGAAUGGCUACACUCCUCUGCAUAUUGCAGCCAAAAAGAACCAGACGAACAUUGCGUUAGCGCUGCUGCAGUACGAAGCAGAGACCAACGUUCUGACCAAGCAGGGAGUCAGCCCUAUACACCUGGCAGCCCAGGAAGGACACGCUGAGAUGGCCAGCCUGCUGCUGGGCAAAGGAUCUCACGUCAACACAGCCACCAAGACCGGACUGACGCCUCUGCAUCUCGCAGCCCAAGAAGACAGGGUCAAUGCAGCAGAAGUGCUGGCCAAACACGAUGCCAACUUGGAUCACCAAACUAAGCUCGGAUAUACUCCUCUGAUAGUCGCCUGUCACUAUGGAAAUGCCAAGAUGGUGAGCUUCCUGUUACAGCAAGGUGCCAGCGUCAACGCCAAAACUAAGAAUGGAUACACACCCCUUCACCAGGCAGCACAACAAGGGAACACACACAUUAUCAAUAUGUUGCUACAACAUGGCGCCAAGCCCAACGCUACUACAGUGAAUGGAAACACUGCUCUGUCUAUUGCCAAACGUCUGGGUUACAUCUCUGUAGUGGACACACUGAAAGUCGUCACUGAGGAGGUCAUCACGACCACAACGACGGUCACAGAGAAACACAAGCUCAAUGUUCCUGAGACCAUGACUGAGAUCCUUGAUGUGUCUGAUGAAGAAGCUUUGAGGCUGGAAGAAGAGCCAUUAUCUGAGAUGUCUGUGGAGCUGGAAGGUGAGGACACUAUGACUGGUGAUGGAGGGGAGUAUCUGAGACCGGAGGAUCUCAGAGAGCUGGGAGAUGACUCUCUGCCAGGACAUUACCUGGACAGCUUCAGCUACAUGAGCCACAACCUGGACAGGCCGCAGCAAACUCCCAUCCACCAAAGUUUCCAUCAGAGAGACGGAAUUAUCAUCGAAGACAUGCUGACAAGCCAUCAGGUGUCAGCACUGUCCAGAGAGCACGAUAAGGACUCGUUCCGUCUGAGCUGGGGUGCAGAGCACCUUGAUAAUGUGGUGCUGUCCUCCGGUCUGCUACACUCUGGCCGUUCUUCUUCGUGCCUAGACCAUGACAACAGCAGCUUCCUCGUCAGCUUCAUGGUAGAUGCCAGGGGCGGGGCCAUGCGUGGUUGCCGUCACAAUGGCCUGCGAAUCAUUGUGCCACCGAGAAAGUGUUCUGCACCCACGCGAGUGACAUGCAGGCUGGUGAAGAGACACCGUCUGGCCUCUAUGCCCCCCAUGGUGGAGGGUGAGGGGCUGGCUGGUCGCAUCAUUGAAGUGGGGCCCACUGGAGCCCAGUUCCUGGGUAAGCUCCACCUUCCCACAGCUCCGCCCCCUCUAAAUGAGGGUGAGAGCCUGGUCAGUCGCAUCCUGCAGCUGGGUCCUCCAGGAACCAAGUUCCUCGGGCCUGUGAUUGUGGAGAUCCCCCAUUUUGCAGCCCUGCGGGGAACAGAGAGAGAGCUAGUGAUCUUGAGGAGUGAGACAGGGGAGAGCUGGAGGGAACACCACUGUGACUUCACUGAAGAGGAACUGAACCAGAUACUUAAUGGCAUGGAUGAAAAACUUGAUUCCCCCGAGGAGCUUGAAAAGAAAAGAAUAUGCCGCAUCAUCACCCGAGACUUCCCACAGUAUUUUGCGGUGGUGUCACGGAUAAAGCAGGACAGUCAUUUGAUUGGACCAGAGGGCGGGGUCCUCAGUAGCACUCUUGUGCCACAGGUCCAGGCUGUCUUCCCUGAAGGAGCCCUCACCAAGAAGAUCAGAGUUGGGCUACAGGCUCAGCCCAUCGAUGUUGAGGUGGUGAGAAAGAUUCUUGGUAACAAAGCCACAUUCAGCUCAAUCGUCACAUUGGAGCCACGAAGGAGGAAGUUCCACAAACCAAUCACCAUGACAAUCCCUAUUCCCAAAAGCUCCAAUAGUGACGGGCAAAGUGGAGUAUACAGUGGGGAUACCCCCACCUUACGUUUGCUUUGCAGCAUUACAGGUGGAACCACUCCUGCGCAAUGGGAGGACAUUACCGGCUCCACGCCUCUCACCUUUGUUAACCAAUGUGUGUCCUUCACCACAAAUGUGUCAGCGAGGUUCUGGCUGAUAGACUGCAGACAGAUCCAGGAGUCUGUUAGUUUUGGCUCUCAGCUGUACAGAGAGAUCAUCUGUGUUCCAUACAUGGCCAAGUUUGUCAUUUUUGCUAAGACACUGGAUCCCAUUGAGGCCCGCUUGCGCUGCUUCUGCAUGACGGACGACAAGAUGGACAAGACCCUAGAGCAGCAAGAGAACUUCACUGAAGUUGCCCGUAGCCGAGAUGUUGAGGUGCUGGAGGGAAAACCCAUAUUUGCUGACUGCUUUGGAAACUUGGUGCCUCUUACCAAGAGUGGACAGCACCAUGUGUUCAGCUUUUUUGCCUUCAAAGAGAACAGACUGGCUCUCUUCAUCAAAAUUAGAGACACAGCACAGGAGCCAUGUGGUCGCUUGUCCUUCACCAAGGAACCCCGCACAUAUCGUACUCUUAACCACAAUGCUAUCUGCAACCUCAACAUCACUCUCCCAACAUACUCAAAGGAGUCUGAUUCGGAUCAAGAUGCAGAUGAUGAGAGUGAAAGGAGUGAUAAGAAAUUGGAUUGGCAGGAUGAUGCUGAUAGGAAAGAAGAGACAUUAGCUAUCGUUGCAGAUCUUCUUGGUUUCAGCUGGACUGAACUGGCAAGAGAACUGGAAUUCAGUGAGGAUGAUAUCAAAUUAGUGAGAACAGAGAAUCCUAAUUCCCUCCAAGAGCAGAGCCAUGCCUUGCUGCAGCGCUGGGUUGAACGGGAAGGCAAACAUGCCACAGAGGACUGUCUUAUUAAGAGACUAACGAAGAUCAACCGCAUGGACAUCGUCCAUCUUAUUGAAACCCAGAUGAACAAGUCAGUUCAAGAACAAACAUCUAGGACUUAUGCAGAGAUAGAGAAGACACUGGAUCACAGUGAAGUGUCAGUAGCCCUAUCUUCAGUGCAAGAGGAUGCAGACAGCCCCAGAGUCAUAAGAAGGGUGGAGUCAGACCGCAGACCACCCCCAGCUGUUUCUGAAGAGGACCUCUCAGUUGCUUCCCUACUGGAUAUUCCUUCCUGGGCAGAGCCUAUUGGACACACCCACUCAGAGAGCAUGCAUGGUGACCUGUUGGAGGAGCUUGAGAUCCCACAUGAAUUGAACCCUAACCUGUGGACCUCUGAGGAUGUAAUUACACAAGAACCUACAAGUUACGCCAAUUCUGAUGAGCAAGUAUCAACAGCAUCUUCCAGGACAAAUGUUUCAGAAUCUUCAAAACCAAUGUUUUUUUAUUUGGGACAGAAUCAGGUCUUUCCCUCCGAGACACCGUCCUCGGCAUAUGAUUCAAACACACUUUCCACUGAAAAAAUAGAAUUAGCACUUCCAGGUACCUUUGACCUAAGUAAAACACAAUCUGAAAUCACAUUUACCAAUCAAAGUAGCUCACCACAGGAAAAAGAUAAAAAACUGUCAUUCCCCAAACAAAGCGAAAAGGCUAAAUCCAGCUCAGCGACCACAGACUCACUCUGUCAAACAGCUCAAGAAAGUCCAGAUGACCAAAUUAUCAUGUCCUCAGAGUCCACUCCAACACCACCAGAGUCUGGAUCCCCUCAACUUGACCAGCUGCUGUCAGAUCUCGAGGAGAUGAAACUUAAAUUUAGUCCAGAAACACAUUUCCCACUUCUGUCAGAAUUCAGUGAUGAAAGCCCUGAAGUUGAUCAAAUUUAUGACUUUGAAGACCUUUCUCCUGAAAAUCAGUGCCAUACAGAAGAUAGUGAAAACCUAAGAGUCAUCAUGCCAUCUGCUAUACAGCUUGCAGAAGAUACUAGCCACACAAAUGUAGCAGUCACAGAGCCUGCAAAUUUCCAGACAUCCAUUCAAGAUGAACCUGAAGUAGUCUCAGUCACUCCUGAUCUAACAAAAACCUCUGAGACAGUUGCACCAUCAAGCCUUGGGAGUCGUAAAAAUAGUCCUGUAUCCCUAACUGAGCCCCGUUCAACUCCAGAGUCUCCCCAAAGAUUUGUGAUCAACUCAAGUUUUCCUGUGGACAUAUUCCUGUCCAGUUUAUAUGAUGAAUAUGCUACCGAGACAUUUUCUUCAGUGUCUUUCCCCGAAGUAGCUGCAACGAGUCCAUUUGACAUACCUGAGGAACACCUGGCUAAAUUUUCUGAGGAAGAUUCUACAACUGACAAUCUUCAAAGUCAAAAAGAACUUCAAUCAGCUACAUCCUCUAAAGCCUCAAUGGGUGUGACAGAAGAAAUAUCAACACUGAUUAUCCAAGAUCAACUUCCACAUGUAUGGGAGGCAACCUUUGUUGAAGACAUUCAGACUGAAGAUGUCUCUUCUCAGUCUCUUUCUGAUUUGACUCUGGAGCCAGAUACACCUGCAAGACUUUUUUGCUUUGAGGAACUGAUGACAUACCCCUCCCCAGGGAAUUUGGAGACAUCCUCAGAUGAGGAUAGGCCAUACCUCUCCCCAGGAAACUUGGAGACAUCCUCAGAUGAGGAUAGGCCAAGGACCAGUGGACAGCAUUUACAAGAAUCUCUGACUCCAGUAGACUCUGAGUUGUUUGCCUCCCAGCCCACUCCAGUUAAACCUAAAGCAGAGACAACUUCAUUAACCUCCGAUGAGGAGUACAGCAUCCCACCUGGGUAUGCAGAAGUCUCUUCUACCACAAUCAUCUAUACCCACAUGCCUCCAGAUUAUGCAGAAGUUGUGAAUAGUGGUGCAGACAGCUCAACCUUUGAAUACUCUGACCCAGAUUCUUACUUUGACUGCAUACAGGCUGCAUCAGAUUACUCAGAGACUGAGCCUGAUGAACCUGAGAUAAGUACUAGGUCAAAUGGAGAUCAGCCCCAGGAGCCCCAUCUCAGGCUUCCUAAAGUGUUAGAAAAGGUGAACCGAAGAGUCCUGUUGUCCUCUGGAAGUGAAGAUUAUGAAGAUACUCCGUUUGUCCAUGAGCUUCUUUAUAAUUUACACGAAGAGAAUGAAGAGUUAUCGGAUGAAGAAUUCACCUUUUGUGAGGCUUCACAACCGCCUCCUGUCUUUAAAAUUGAGGCAUAUGACGAUACUGUUAAAUCUCUGACAAGGGAAAUCACUGCAGAACUCGGAUCAAUGUCAGAAAGUUCAGAUGAUGAAUUUUUGACCACCAGAAUAGUGCGAAGGAGAGUUGUCAUUCAGGCUGAUGAAAUGCCUGACCUCCCCACUCAGUCAGUGAUGGAAGAAAAAUACAAGGAUGAAAAUGGACACAUUGUUGUCAAAAAGGUUACACGUAAAAUAAUUCGCAAAUGUGUUUCCGUGGAUGGUGUGGAGCGUGAAGAGGUGUCAUCAGAAGGAGGUCCACAGGGGUCCAUUAGUAUGCCAGAGGGAGAUGGAUACUCUAAGGUGGUGAAGCGGAUUGUACUAAAGAGUGAGGGGGACUACACAGAGGUAACAUUUGCUGAAUGUGAGGGUUUCUCAGCAUCAAGUCCAGAGACAGCAGAAGGUUGGAAUGUCAGUCACGUGGAAAGGACAACGGUGGUGGAGGGUGAAAGGAAAAUGACACACCAGGGUGAUCCGUCUUUGGCCUCUGACCUCCCCUCGGCCCAAGAUGACUUCAAACAGGCACUAGGUUAUAUAAGUGGUUUUAGCAGAACAGAGCUCCCUCCUGUGGUAGAGAGAGAGACUGUCAAAGAAGAUGGAACUGUGGUCAGGAGGGCCCACAUGCGUAAAGGUCGCACCCACAGACGAACAGUGGUGAAGGAGGCUGGGCAGCGCAAACAGGUCCUUCUAGAGCAAGUGGACAACCCCAGAAAAGGGUCAAUAACACAUGACCUCCAGCAGCAUCUCCACAAACUCUUUCACCGCUACAACAAAGACAAAACGGAGGACAAUGAUGAGGACGAAGAAGAGGAGGAUGAGUAGAAGAAUGUGUAACACUCCCUCCCGCUCCCUGGCUCUGCCCAUGCUAAAGUCCCACCCAAAUCCUAUGCAUUAGCCACAUGCAAUCCCAGUGUGCACCAUGGCACCUCAAAGCUACCACUGUCUUCCCAUUUAAGUCCUGGAAGAUGACCUUUUGUUCACAAUUUGUUUUUCUUCCCUGGCUGUUAUAAUGUAUUCAGGGUUUUCCUUUCAUGUUCUGAUGUUGCUUUGCCAUUUUGUGACCAAAGAGAGCCUUCUGUUGUUUUCCUUAUUCAUUUCACUUACCAUGUCAGAAUUGAUCUUUUUGUCUUGAUGCUGUGGUAGAGCAACACAAAAAAACACAAAAAAACAGGAGAAUACUUUUCACAUCAACUAACUCAGAAAACCUCCUGCAGGUAAAGAACACUUUACCUGCAACAUACUGGUACUACUCUUUGAGUAGGUGCUUGGACUGAAAGACAAUAUCUCUCACACUGCACUGCCUCUCACAACCAGAGUUUCUCAGAUAUCCCUUAAUUAUAAACUGUCUCACGCACUGUUCUAGCCUCUCCGCUCUUUUGAUUCAGGUGGUCAAGAUGUCACACAGAGAAAACCAGACUGUAUCGACACUGAAUUUUACUGCUGCUGCUGUGUUUUGUGUAGGCUAUGUGUAAUCUGUCUUUGGCAAUUAUAUAUUAUCUAUAAUAUAGACAUUACUGACAUCAGUAGCCUAGGAAUUAAUAAUCACUAAUGUAAUGUAGAGAAGGCAUGACUAAUCAACAUCCGUCAUUAUGAUCCUAGCUUUGACUGCUUUGUAGUUGUAUGGAUUGCCCUUCUGCGUCUCUUUCCCUUCUCUAUGUGUCUUUCUUUCCGUGUUAUUAUGUUUCAUUUCAUUUGUUUUUUGGGCCUUUUCUCUUAAAUUGUUGAUCUUGACUCAUACUGUAUGAAUGGUGAAUGUCUGAGUGAGGUUGUACUGUGUAUGUUCGAGUGUGAGAUAAAGAGAGGGUAUUGUCAGAAUUAUCAUAGGCUGAUUUUAAACUCUGUUUUUUUGAAGAUGUCUUAGUUUAAUUUUGAUUUUUGAUUUUGAGUUUAGUUUACUAGCAAGUAUAGAUAGCUUAUUUAAUCUUGCCGCUGGAGAAUAAGAUCAUCACAGCUGUUUGAGAGUCACUUGUCUGGUAUGACAUUUGUGGUAAGGUGAUCAGGUGUUUCUGCUUUAUUUAUUUUAGACUUUAUUAGAUUAUCUUUAGAACAAGUGUUGGGCCAGUUGUUGGCAGUUGUGUGCUGUGUUUUUGUGAGUGAAUGAGUCUGAGUGUAGUAAAAGAGUGUGUUGGUUUUUGUCAGCGUAGAAAAGAAACAUUUUACACAAACCGCAUUUGCACUCCUGAAUGUCAUGAGGGAGCACCUCCAUGCUUUUUGUGCACAGGCAAAGAGGUAUAGUAUAUCUUAGCAACAGAGAUAGUUUAAUUUUUGCGGGUCAGAUGAUAAAUGCAAGAUAAUGAUACACAAGGCACACACGCAAUGAGGCAGGUUGAGAGCUUAACCAUACCAUUAUUCACAGCUCUGAGCAUCGCUACUGUAUGUAUCUACAACAUGUAAUGUAUUUAUUUCACUAUCACUGUUUAUUUUGUGAUUUAGAAAAAUGUAAAAUGCAAACUAGUGGAAGUUCACUGUGACAGGUAUGCUUUUAAUUUUGAAGAAUCAGCAUCCCUUUUCUGUGAUGAUGACAGUUAUAUACAUAUACAAUGCAUAUAUAAAUAUCUAUAAGGGCAUGUAUUACUGUAUCAAAAUUCAAAAAGACAAAAACAAAAUGGCUGCAGUGUGUCUAUGGCUGAUAGAGAAUAAAAAUCUACAAAUGUA